CAUAACCACACAAGCAGACAUCGUAAUCUCAAUAUACAUAAAAAGCUCCACAGAUCUUACUAGCACUGUACGUGUAUUUGAUUUAACAUGAUAUCAAAAACGUUUUCUUGUCUCGUUUGAAGGUUAAAGUUGAAACGGGUAACGUGGACCAUACAAAAGCAAGUUUUCCUCACUCCUCCAUCGAGAAAGGAUAAAUAUCACAACUAGAAACAUGGAAUCUAAGCUAGACGUAUGGGAUUUUGUCGCUGUAGGUUUAUACUUUGCCGCCGUCAUCGUGGCAGGUUUGAUAUCGAUGUGUCGGAACAAUAGAGGGACAGUGAGUGGAUACUUUCUUGCUGGCAGAUACAUGAUUUGGCUCCCGGUAGGAGCAUCCCUGUUUGCAAGUAACAUCGGAAGUGAACAUUUCAUAGGCUUGGCAGGCUCAGGAGCUGCUGCUGGAAUAGGAGUUGGGGCAUUUGAACUUAAUGCUGGCUUCCUGCUGCAGUUGCUAGGGUGGGUCAUGCUGCCUGUCUAUAUUGCCAGUGGGGUUGCCACUCUCCCACAAUUCAUGCGCAGGAGGUUUGGUGGGACCAGGAUCCAGAUUUACCUCUCUUGUCUCUCACUGCUACUCUACAUCCUUACUAAAGUCUCAGUAAACCUUUAUUCUGGAGCUAUAUUCAUACAACAAAGUCUUGGGUGGAAUAUAUAUCUUGCAGUGUGCUUGUUGCUCCUGGCAACUGCAAUUUGUACAGUUACAGGUGGUCUGGCGGCUGUUAUAUACACUGACACAUUGCAAGCUUUGGUCAUGGUCAUUGGAGCAUCCAUACUGUCAAUUCUAGGCUUUAUGCGAGUUGGUGGAAUGACUGGCCUUCGUGAAAAAUAUAUGAAUGCCAUACCUAAAGUUCCAAACUCGACACUCGCAUUUUACAACUACACAAUGAUGCCAAACACUACAUGUGGUGUGCCAAAGGACGACUCCUGGAUUAUGUUACGUAAUCCAACCACUAGUGAUAUGCCGUGGCCAGGUUUCAUAUUGGGCCAAACACCAGCCUCUGUUUGGUAUUGGUGUGCUGAUCAGAUGAUGGUCCAGAGGGCAUUAGCUGCUAAGAGUCUUUCCCAUGCCCAGGGAGGUACCCUAUUUGCUGGAUACCUUAAGCUGCUCCCUCUCUUCCUCAUGGUUUUACCUGGGAUGAUUAGUAGAGUGCUUUACACAGAUGAGGUUGCCUGUGCAGAUGAGGUGACAUGUAUGGAUGUGUGUCAGAACCCUGCUGGAUGUUCCAAUAUCGCAUACCCUAAACUUGUGCUGGGCAUCAUGCCAUCAGGUCUGAGGGGUGUAAUGCUUGCUGUCAUGUUGGCGGCGUUAAUGAGUGACCUGACAUCUAUAUUUAACAGUGCAAGUACAUUGUUCACUAUCGACAUCUAUAAACGUGUCAGGAAGUCACCCUCCGUCAGAGAGUUGAUGUAUGUUGGAAGAGGAUUCGUUUUGAUCAUGGUGGUGAUAGGCGUUGCUUGGAUCCCACUUAUUCAGCAGAUGCAGGGGGGUGAACUGUAUCAUUACAUCCAGUCAAUUGCAGCUUACUUAGCGCCACCUAUUGCCUGUGUCUAUUUACUAGCUAUACUGUGGAAAAGAGUCAAUGAACAAGGAGCAUUCUGGGGUUUGAUGAUAGGGCUCGUAGUAGGCAUGGUACGCAUGGUGCUAGACUUCAUCUACAAAGCGCCAUCUUGUGGAGAAAUUGAUACACGUCCUGGUAUGAUCGCCAAAGUGCACUAUAUGUACUUUGCCAUGUUGUUGUUUUGGAUCACAGGCAUUGUCAUGAUAGUCAUCAGUCUCCUCACUAAAGCCCCAGAUGAAAAAUUGCUUGUCCGAACGACAUACUGGACACGGUUUGAUAAGACAGUCCUUGCAGAAAGUCCAGUAGCCACUGAUGAAGGGAGUGAGGAUAGCAUGAAAGCAGAAAAGUUGCAAUUGAACAGCAGGGGUGAAUAUGGUCAAGAUGUUCAGGAGCAAGCUGGAGAGACUGAUAAACUGACAGAUAAUCAUACAACGAAUAUAGACAGCCAUCUGAAUGGGCACGCUGCAAAUGGUGACCUGUCAUCUCAUGCCAAAAAGAUUAAUAAUGAUGUUGAAACGGCAGUGAUGAAAGAAAAAGGUGGAGGAGAUAAUGUUGCGCUACAGACAACUGAAGAAAAACACCGUUCUAUAUUAAAGCGAGGCUAUGACUGGUUUUGUGGAUUUGACACUACUGAAGAAGGCCUACAAACUGCAUUAAAACACGAAGCUCAUUUACAGAAAAUCACAUCCUUAAAACAAGACCCUCGAGCGAAAAUAUUCCUCAACAUAAAUUUGGUGAUCAUCUUCAUCAUUGGUAUAUUUCUGUAUAUCUAUUUCUCUAUACCCCAGUGAGGUUUGCAGGAUUGGCCUCUUGUGUGCUUUGACGUAGCCGAUGUCUGCAAAUUAUGGCUGGAAAAUAUCAAUCAAACCGUACCAUGAUGAUGCAAAGUGAUUGAAUUAGGGGACAUAUGGUCAUGUGAGAGGACAAUGUAUACAUUACAUAUAUGUGUUUAUCUUAAGUUUCAAUAGGAUAAUUUUCAAGUAAUGGAUAAUUAUUGUUUAGGAUUAAUACACGGAAGAUAGUUCAUUUCACCUUAACAUCCGUUUUAAAUGAAGAUCUAAAAAUAUGAACAGCUUAAAACAUCUUAAUGUGAACAUUAGUUUUAUUGUGUUCUGAAUUUUGGAGUAAUUUUGAAAGUUGAUAGCCUUGUAAGGUUGCCUUAUUUUAAACAAUUGGUAGAUCUUUGAUAAAUACAUGUAUCCGAUCAUGAUGUUGUAUAUGUAUUUAUAUCCUAUAAGUGUGAAACUUUAAAGUGGUACUAGUUAUUGGAUUAUCUUGUUAAAAGAAGUUAAUGUCAAACUUUGCUCUUUCGUUGAAGCAUGGGCUUUCAAGUUGAAAACCCAUGAUUGAAAGAACUUUAAAACUUAAAUGCAGUGUUUUUUUCAUUUACAUGUAAUAUGUAAUGUUCUUUAAUGAAAUUGCUAUUCAAGAUGACAUCACUUUGUACUGUACUUUUAGGUUUCUUAACUAAAACUGAAAUUUUAACAAAAUUAAUGCAUUCUAAAAGACAGCUGCAGAUAACAUAAAAAUGACUUAUAACAGUGGAAGAACAAUUGAUAUGUGAUUUACUUUGAUUGUGUUCAAUCAUGAGAUUUAUAGGUUUAAGAGCCUUAUGGAAAUUGAAAGAGUUUAUUGUACUCUUGCAUCAACCCUUCGUAUGCCACAUUCUCUUUAACACAGCCUAUGAUAGAGAAUAGAAUGCAGGUAGAAGGGCUUGAUGCAAGACUAGGUUUAUGUUAAGUAUAAAAUGUAUGUUAUACUUUUUUUUAAAACUAUACCUAGUACUGUUUAGUAGUUAGUACAAUUGUGGUAUACAUUUAACUGUGAUCAAAUAAGAAACACAUGUAUUGUUACUAAAUCUGACUUUGACAACAUAACAUACAUUUACUGUAACUGUACGUUGAUUACCUUAAAAGUUUAAUACAAGUAUCCUGCUUCAUCAUAAUGCAGUAUUUGAGUUCAUACGAUAAGCAUCCUCUGAUCACAUGGCUUCAAAAUCCAGAAUAUAUUCUUUCUUUUUACCCCCUGCGAUAAGCAGUUAGCAUUUCCCCGAUUAAGAACUCGCA